AUGAGGCAUAGUCACUCGUCCCACUCAUCGAAGUCGUCGGGGGACAAUAAGAGCAUAGCCAGCGGCAGCAUACUCUCCGGCGAGGCAGAGGAUUUCGACGUGGAGUCCGUGGGAGAAAUCAUCAACGCCAACUCGGAUGUCUGGAUGGAAGAGAAGGUACUAUGCUCAUGCACCUACCACACACUGACAUUAACACAUAGACAAAACACACACUGA